UUUGAACCGUUGGAACCUCAGUUUAUUUUGACUAAAUUGAAUUUGUUGACGUAACCCCUAGUUUUAUUUUUCAUUUCGGGUCUUGGCGAUAAAUCAUCCAUCUUUUACUUUAUUUUUUAUUGGGAGGAAGAUGAUGAAACUGGAAGUACUAGGUGCAUGCAGUAGAGUCUUACUGAUAAAACAAAAACACAUGGUCGAGUUUCGUAGUUCGUAUAUUUGGUUUGAAUAAUGGUUGGCUACGAUUUCCACGGUUAUUGACUUUUGUGAAACUCUAAAUUCUUCUUAAUGUGAAAGGAUAUAUGCAACUUGAGUAACAGUUCAUGCUGGGAUAGGUGAUUGAGCAACCAUCUUCACAUCACAAAACAAGAGCACGAAAUUUAGACGAGAGAGGUACGCCAAUCAACGGUCGUUGCUACCAAAACUCUAGUGCAAGAAAUUGAGUAAAGGAAACUGGGCAGACAUUACUCUCUUGCCUCAUCAUCGCCGGUGCUGGUAGAAGACAAUCUAGUGUCUCGUUUGACGACAAAAAGAUCACGUGACAGAUGUGUAUCAUUUUCAACCAUAUCGUCGCGACGUUGAACAUCCGCCGCACGUGCGCAGUCAUAUAGAGGGAGGAACAUCGGCUGCAGUCGCACCUACGCUCUCCCAAUCGGUUUUUGCUGUCUGACUAGACUGGCCGAGUGAUAAGUUAUAGCGUCGCCGUCAAACUUUUUGUUUACAGAUGAACGUGAAUAUCGGUGGCGUCAUCUCUGUGGCUUUCUUCUACUGUUUGAUCCUGGCCGUCGGAAUUUGGGUAGGAUGGAAGGAAAAGAGGAAAUUUAAACAGCUGCAGAGGAUGGAAAGCGGUGCUAACCGGUCGGAGAACAUAAUGCUGGCCGGACGUGAUAUGGGAUUGUUCGUCGGAGUCCUGACGAUGACGGCGACGUGGGUAGCAGGAGGUUACAUCAACGGCACCUGUGAAAGCGCCUUCACUGGUGGCUUUCUAAAAUGCUCUACAAUGGCGAUCGGAUAUUCCAUGAGCCUCUUACUUGGUGGAAUGUUUUUCGCUAAACCCAUGCGAAUGGCCCACGGAGGUCGAGGAUAUGUUACCAUGCUCGAUCCCUUCCAGGAAAAAUAUGGCUCACGUAUUGGUGGGCUAUUGUUUUUGCCGGCCCUGUGCGGGGAGAUAUUCUGGUCCGCUGCUAUCCUGUCGGCCCUUGGAUCCAUUUUCACCGUCAUGCUGGGACUGGACAAUACUCUGUCGAUAAUCAUAAGUGCUGCUGUGGCUGUUACUUACACCUUGAUUGGAGGCCUUUACAGCGUGGCAUAUACUGACGUAAUUCAACUUGGAUGUGUUCUCUUUGGCCUGGUAUUCUGCAUUCCGUUUGUCUGGACUCAUCCGGCCGUUGACCACGAGGCUAUGAGCGAGGUUGAUUGGUUAGGUACAAUUCCGCUGUCCUCUGUCGGAAGCUACGUCGACAUUUAUCUGCUCAUCAUCCUUGGCGGAAUUCCUUGGCAAGUUUAUUUUCAGCGGGUUUUAGCGUGUCGAUCUCCUCGACAGGCCCAGUACCUGUCUUACAUUGCCGCCCUUGGAUGCCUUACCCUGGCCGUCCCACCUGCCGUUUUAGGCUCCGUUGCCCGAGUCGUUGACUGGACUAACGGAACGGAAUAUGGCAAAGAGAUAACCACACCCGAAGAAAUCAAAUCGAUACUACCGUUAAUUCUUCAGUAUUUGACACCGAAGUGGGUGUCAUUUAUCGGUCUUGGUGCCGUCUCGGCUGCCAUCAUGUCAUCAGCAGAUUCGACUGUCUUGUCAACGAGCUCCAUGUUUGUCCAUAACAUCUACAAGACUGUUUUCUUUCCAAAAUCGUCGGAACAGCAUUUGGUUCACGUUAUGUGGGUUUCAAUUGUCGUAUCGGCAGGUCUUGGUACUGUGAUGGCACUCACAGUCAACACAAUCUACGGACUGACAUAUUUGUGCGCCGACGUGGUCUACGUGGUUCUUUUCCCUCAGCUUCUCCUAGUCAUUUACGCCGCAGAUUAUACCAAUACUUAUGGGUGCCUAACUGCUUUCGUAACGGGCUUUACUCUCCGAGUUUUGAGCGGAGAACAGCUUUUGAAUUUACCAGCCGUGAUACACUUUCCAUUCUACGACGAAGAAGUUGGAGAGCAACGAUUUCCCUUUCGCACGUUCUUAAUGCUUGCGUCAAUCAUUAUCCAACUAUCAGUUUCAGUUAUCGCCAGGCGCAUCUUUUGUCGUGGUUGCUUAUCUUCAAAGUACGACGUUUUCGACUGUUUCCCCCAAAACAAUAAGCCUGCGACCCACGACACUAAAAGCAAAGUAAAUUUAAAUGAUGAUAAUAAGGUUGUCGAAGAGGAGACGCUCAUUUUUAGCGAAUCCCAACCCAUUCCUCUGCACCAUAGCUCAAGAUGAUAAUUAUUAUGUUGGACGACAUUUGUUUUCAAUGCAAUAUCAUCAGAUGCAAAAUUACAGCUUUAAUAGUUAUUAUUAUUUUUUAGAAAAUAUAAAACAAAUACACGUGAAAUUUAAAUAUUUUAGAAACUCUUUUUAGCAUUUUCCGCGCGCCAUAAUAGAUGGCGAAAAAAGUGUGCUUAUAAUUACCGCCAGGUGGUGUUCUGGUCCAGUCAACAACAAGAAUUUUGAAGUCAAUCGCUAAUUCGCAAUCCUCGCGGUUGAAUUACCAAGGAUGCUGGGGCACGCAGGAAAACUAUGUUUUUUUCGUAGCGUAGCCAAAAUAUCAUUCGAUGGUCGCUGCAACAUAACCCCAAAACGAAUGAGCACUAUGAUGCGACAUUUCUCUGCCAAUCCAAGUAGCAACCAA